AUGAAGGUUGUGGUACGCACAAUUGUUCAACAAAUACGAAGACGGAAAAUCACAUGUAAUCGAUCAUCUAAGAAAAAACCUGGCGUUGUAGGAGAAAAACCGUCACUUAGACUCACCUGGAACCCAGCUGAAUCUCUCGUUUAUGAUGUUCUCAGGCAACUGAAUGUGCUGCACCAGGCCGCCUCAUGUUUCAGUCGCUACGAUAUUUUGAAAUAUCGCGAUACGUGUAUAUUUGUAAUGUACUACUCAUAA